AGUUUUCUACGCGUCCAUUGUGUGACUUACGCCCCAAGUCAACACAGCGGACGAAGGCGAAGCUCUCGACCGAGCGAUCGGAUCGGUGGUCGGAACCCUAAUUGGCCCUCUAUCCCUGCGAUUUGUGGUUGAGAAGAUGUGGAAGAACGCCGGGUACUCGAAAGCAGGGGACUUGGAGUCCGGGACGCAGCCGCUCUACCCGGGAAUGCUCGAGAGCCCCGAUCUCCGAUGGGCGUUCAUCAGGAAGAUCUACUUCAUUCUCUGCGUCCAACUGGCGUUGACGGUGGCCGUAGCCUCCGUCGUGGUCAGUGUCGACGCCAUCCCCCAAUUCCUCCUUUCGUCGAACACGGGGCUGGCGGUUUAUAUCGCCAUCGUCUUCCUCCCAAUAAUUACUUUGUGCCCUCUGUCUUGUUAUUAUCAACGCCACCCGGUGAAUCUACUUCUUCUCGGGCUGUUUACUGUGUCAUUGAGCUUCGCUGUCGGAAUGACCUGUGCUUUUACAAGUGGAAAGGUCAUUUUGGAAGCUGCUAUUCUCACUGCAGUGGUGGUUGUUAGUCUCACCCUCUAUACUUUCUGGGCUGCACGUAGAGGCCAUGACUUCAGCUUUCUGGGCCCUUUCCUUUUCGCUGCUCUCAUGAUAUUGCUGGUGUUCUCAUUUAUCCAGAUUCUAUUUCCUCUGGGAAAGAUUUCAGUAAUGAUAUACGGAGGACUGGCUGCAAUUAUAUUUGCUGCCUACAUUGUAUAUGACACAGACAACUUGAUCAAGCGAUAUACUUAUGAUGAGUACAUUUGGGCUGCUGUGGCUCUCUAUCUUGACAUCAUAAACCUGUUCCUUAAUCUGCUCACCAUACUCAGGGUUUCAAACAAUUGAAUUCUGCAUCAUGGACAAAUCAGUCUUGAUGUUUAAGAUCAAUUAUUGCAGGGUGCUGAAAACAUAAUGUGUAUAAGAUUAUCACAAAAUGUAGUUGUGCAUUAAUUUCUCUUUAUCUUGGUAAUCCUUGAAGAAACUGGUAGCUGCUUCCGAUAAGAAACUUUUGGCACAACUGGUACUUCCAUUUGUGCCCUACUCCAUGCAUAAUUACCUCAAACGUUAGUUGUAUGCUAUUUGGAUUAAGGAACUAUCGUUGAUGCUGAUCUCGUAAUA